AUGAUGGUACCAUAAUUUAAACACUUCCUAAAACACAAUGAAAUUUUCAAAUCUGACAUAAUUAACUCGAAAAGCAAAACUGACGAAUAUUCAGUUAAAAAUUAGAGAUGCUAAUGCUGUAAUGAGGUUAAAUUCAAAAAAUAUUACAACCUAAAAGAUCAAACUCUGUUAUCACUAUAGAAUAUUUGUUUCAAGAAAUUACAAAUACAUUACACCGAAACAAAUUUUAAGAUGUUAAAAUAGGGCAGUUGUUUGAAAAUGCAAUUACAAAACUGUUAUCCGAAACCUUACUUUCGGUUAGAUGUAGGUUGGGGUUAUGACUAAUCCAAAUAAAGUAUGGAUGAUUAACGUCACAAAACAACUACGAUUAUAGAAUACAAAGCUUAAAAUAUUUCAUAAACAGCAACCUUAUUAUGA